AUGAAGUACCUUGAGUUGCCACUCAUUCUCCCGCAGAUACCUGCCGAUGCAAUUAAGGCUCACAUCCCAACGGAACUUCGGUCGUGGCCGCGGCGAGUGAAGAGGCGGGAAGGGAUACAGAAGGCGGUUGAGUUCCUUCAAGCGCUCCUCAUAAGGCUUGUUACGCAGUCAUGGGAUCAACUUGAGAGUGCUAAGCCUCACAGGAAGGAUGACGUGGGUGGGGAGCCGCGCCUGGUCGUCAUGUGCACCGAAAGGAAGAAGGUGAGGCGUCAAGCUCCUGUCGUGUCCCUCUCAAACGACCUUCAGACGGACCUGCGCAGCACAAGACACCCUCCCACGCCGCGGCCCGUGUCGUGGCGGCCUGCAUCGCCGGCGCAGCUUUGGUUCUCCUUGUCUGAGGCCGUGCCAGCCGUCCUCCACAGGUGGUCUACCAGCUGCAAGAAUAGGGGAAAGCACCGUAUUUUGGCAUCAGUACGCGCCACCCGCCACUAUCCCCCACCGCCGCCGCCGCCGCCGCCGCCACGGCUAGCGCCACCUCCCCCACCUUUACCCUCACCACCACCGCCACCAAGUCUGGAGCGCCAGUCGUCUCGUACUACAGUGACGGCCGGUCACGCGCGCUGUGUGUCCCGGCCGGUCGGCAUCGUGCAACCCUGUGUGCCUGAGUGCAGCCCAGGUGUCGUGCCGAGCAGCGUAUUGCCUCCCCACUUUUCUGCCGCAGUGUUCGACUGUUCCACCAGUAUCCCUCUCCUUCUCCUUCUCCUCCUGUUGUUUGAAUUUCUGCUGCUUUUACUAUGUCAGAUAUUGUCGACUCUAGUGUCAGUGGCCGACCGAAACUGUGACACUUGUAGUGAUAGCAGUGGUUGUUACUCUCAAUGCAGCGUAUAUCAGGAGGGCCCUAGCGGUGUCCUGUGCAGAGGCAGCAGCAGCAACACAGUGCCACGCCGAGCGGGGAGGAGGAGGAGGAGGAGGAAGGAGGCUGUGCUGCCAACACUCCUGGGUGGCGGGAGGGAAAACAAAGAAGUGAAGGAGAAAGAAAAAGUUAUAGAGAAUGAUGGAGGAGUGAAGGUGAAGGAAGGUGACGGAAGAUUGUCUGUGGGAGGCUCGGCCGCAGGAGAAGGAAAGAAAGGUGGGCGUGGGCGGAGUGAGCCAUGCGCCCCGCCCACAGUCAUGCUGUUCGACCCACCCACCAACAACACCGACCAUGUGCCGCCCACCGCCCUCGCGACCCUAGCACCCGCCCAAGCACAAGGUAGGAGGGUUUGUCAACUGCACAGAGGGAGCAGCCAAAGAGCGGGGCAAGAUCGCCGAUAUUGGUCUUUCAUACAUGUCUGCAACGAGGAAAAAAAUAUAUUGAUGGAAAGUAACUCUGUUAAUGAAAAUGAGUUUUGUAUGGUUGUUAGUUAUAGUUAGUUUCAUUUGAUCUUAAUUGUUUCGCUUCAAAUGAUUACUUCAUUCCUUAAAUAAUAAUUAGAAAUGAUGUAGAGUGCCUAUUAAUAUAAAUAAGAUCAAACAACUAGUAUAGAGAAGGGAAUAAUUUCAUAGAUCAUGUGUUUGCUUCUGUCUUGGUGGCUCCUCUCUCAGCCCAACUCGCAAACCCCCCUCAGCCAUGACUCGCGGCGGUAACAUUCCCAGUGUCGUGGGGCGCGUUGUCUGGCGUGCUGGCCCCUGACACACGUGCAUGCAAACGCCCCUGGGGAAUACACACAGGAAUGCAAAUUACAAUAGACACUGCAAUACUGUAAAGUCAGAGCGUGCGAA